CUGUGGGGCCAAGGCGGGCUGGCUGCCGGGCGGGCGAUGGCGGGGGCCGCAGCAGGCGGCAGAGGCGGAGGGGCCUGGGGGCCAGGGCGCGGAGGGGCCGGGGGGCUCCGGCGGGGCUGCUCUCCCCCAGCCCCCGCCGGCUCCCCCCGGGCUGGGCUGCAGCCGCUCAGGGCCACGGUCCCCUUCCAGCUGCAGCAGCCGCACCAGCGCCGGGACGGGGGUGGCCGCGCAGCCAGCGUCCCAUGUUCCGUGGCCCCAGAAAAGUCAGUGUGUAGGCCUCAGCCACCCCAGGUCCGACGUACAUUCUCCCUGGACACCAUCCUCAGCAGCUACCUUCUGGGCCAGUGGCCACGAGAUGCUGAUGGGGCUUUCGCCUGCUGUACCAAUGACAAGGCCACCCAGACCCCCCUGUCCUGGCAAGAGCUUGAAUGUGAGCGGACCAGCUCCUGUACACACAAGCGCUCAGCGUCCUGGGGCAGCACAGACCACCGUAAGGAGAUUACCAAAUUGAAGCAACAGCUGCAAAGGACGAAGCUGAGCCGCAGUGGGAGAGAGAAGGAGCGGGGCUCCCCACUCCACGGGGACCAUGCUGUGCGGGCUGCACCAAGGGUGUCCCCUCCCAGCUUCCCCUCAGGGUCCCCUGUCCUACGACUCAGCCCUUGCCUGCACCGGAGCCUGGAAGGGCUCAACCAGGAGCUGGAGGAGGUGUUUGUGAAGGAGCAGGGCGAAGAGGAGCUGCUGCGGAUCCUCGAUAUCCCUGAUGGGCACCGUGCCCCAGCUCCCCCCCAGAGUGGCAGAUGUGAUCACCCUCUCCUCCUCCUGGAGCCUGGCAACCUUGCCAGCUCCCCCUCCAUGCCCCUGGCAUCCCCUCAGCCCUCAGGCCAGGCCAGCCGUGAGGAACACCCGGAGGAGCUGGCAUCCAUCCCCAACGACAAAGCCUCCUCUCCAGGCCGCCCAGCCUUCCUUGAAGACGGCAGCCCAUCUCCAGUUCUUGCCUUUGCUGCCUCCCCUCGGCCCAAUCACAGCUAUGUCUUCAAACGGGAGCCCCCGGAAGGCUGUGAGAGAGUGCGUGUGUUUGAAGAGGCCACAAACCUUCUCUCUGCCUACAUGCCAGCCACAAGCACAGCAGGAGCUGGAAAGGAAAGUGAUCUGAAACCUAAACCCUUUGUUUCUUCUAUUUUUUUCCAUUCCCGGGGGAGGUGUGAGAAUUUCCCAGACUAUAAUCAGAGAGAGAGAGAGAGAGAGAGAGAGAGAGAGAGAGAGAACAUACUAGUAAUUCUCCAGGCAGAUUAGAAGUCUCGUCCCCACGUGAGUGGCCAGGGGAGCCUCAACAGCUUUCUAAUGGCUUCUGAGUCAAGUCUUCACGCAGUGGCAGCAGUGGUUUCAGGUGUUAUAAACUCCCAGACAGAAAUUUCCAGUCCUUGCAAGAAAUGACUAUGGAAUAUCCCCAAACCAGAGCAGAUUGGACAAUUCAGAAGCCAUUCUCAUGCUGGCUUUUUUUUUUUUCUAAAACAAAAUUCCUUACCAUUAGCAGAGAGAAUCAAGAGCCGAACCUUUCCAAAUGCCCACACUGUCCCCCUUAGCAGGCACCCUAAGAGCUCAUUUUCCCCCCUGCCAGCUUAAUAUUUAUCAGGGCAGAUUCACCAUGGAGCCUGUAGUUUUGAUAGCAGUCAGGAAGUUCAGUUACGGUGUGUGAGUGGAGUGCAGAUUCAGCUAGGACAGGGUUUUGGGCCUUGAGGGCUCAAAGAAGGGAGAGGACAACCAAUGGUAGUAGCAGAAAGUACUUGCAGAAACCAGAGUGGGAGUUAAUGGAGUUUUGCCACUGGGGAGUUUUGCUCCCAUAGUCCCUGUUGCUCGGUAUCCCUCCAAGAACCCUGGGUCCUGGGGUGGUGUGGAGGGAAGAGGCCAGAUCUUGCAGCUUAAGCAGACUCUGGGCUCUUACGCCUUUCUUCAGUCCAUGUUGUAGGUGAAUAAUUACGACCUGGAAUUGCUUGUGGAAAUCAGGCUGUUGCUUGUCGUGGUUCUCUCAUAGACUCAUAAUGCAAGGUAAAAAAAUAAAAUGCAAGAAGAGGUCUUAAAGUCAUCUCACCUAGCUUCCUACCCCUGUGUUAACCAAUUGCUUUCUAAGAUACCUAGGAUAGAAAUUCUCACUCAUUGUGUCACCUUUCCCACUGGAAAGUUCUCGUGGUUAGCAGUUCUUCUGCCACAUUUUCCCCUUCCUGGCUGCUGACCCUGUAAGAGGGCCUGGGUUUUCCAGGGAGGGAAUCAAGCCAUUCAGGGUCAUUGGUUGCCCCUGUGUCAUUCAAGAGCUUCUUGGUCUUCUCUGGGUCACCUUCCUCACAUGCAUGCACACUGAGAGCAUUCCCUUUCCAGCCCAGUCCCCACCCCUCCAUAAAGUCAGAUUCUUUUAAAACCUUCUCAGUCAGGGGUCACCUUGCCACUGUGGAGUCCUCUGGGACCAAAGGCUUUCCCAAGUACGCCUAGCAUGCAGGCUCCCUUCCUUCCACCUCUUCCUUUACCUCUCGCUCUGUGCUAACCCCUGCUCUUCUCCUGCCUCGCUCAUCUUCCUGCAUUUGGAAUUAUUAGAAUUCCACAAUUAAAAUGGCAGUCAGUUAUCAAGCUGUGCACUAAGCGCAUUUUCCUGUAUCUAUAUUAUACUUCAAGAAAAAGGGAGUCAGUGGGAACUGCUGGUAACCGCUUCAUUCUCUCCCCACACAUCUGUCUUCUCACCUGCAGCCCUCACAGCCAGCAGCUUCUCAGGGCCAUUUCACUCUCCAAGCAUGACCAUACACUCAUCUUUUUUUAUCAUAGGAUUCUUUACUGUCAAACUCUCUGACCUAACCUCUUUUGAUCCCUCUACACCAUCAGAGGGGGAGGGAUCAGUGAGUCGGGUCAGACAAAGCCACCGUGGUGAGUUAGCACCUAGAUCUAAUAAGGUCUGGCUGCCUUUCUUGCAGUUGCUAUCCCUUCCUCCCAGCAACGGUAUUGAAAAAUCACCUUGCAGAUGUGCUCAAAAUGAGAUUCUUUAGGCUGCUGGAUUUCAAGGGGGCACAAUUGGUAACAUCAGGAGACAUUUUUGGUUGUCCCAACUUAAGAGGGGUGGGGCAGAUGCUGCUGGCAUCUAGUAGGUAGGGGCCAGGGAUGCUAUUGCACAUCCUAGAGUGCAUGGGACAGCUCCCCACAACCAAGAAUGAUCCAGCCCAAAAUGUCAGUAGCGCUGUUGUUGAGAAACUCUGCUUUGGGCUAUAAGGUCUUAGAAAGUCACUUUGCUUGGAUCUCUGCUUUCAGGUAAGUGAUCUGCCCCCAAAAUACUGUUCACCCAUGAAAUCUCUCAAAUUAAAAAGACCCCUUGCUCUCCUAGAAUCACAUUGUCAGGAAGUUUUCUUUCCUGAAUAGCUUCAAUCCCUCCUCUUUUUAGCUGAAGUGGAUUUCCUAUUGCUUAAAAUGAAGAGCUGAGAGGCCUAAAAACUAGGUUGCUCAGUUGCAUUUCAAUGUUUGAUCAAGUUACCAUCCUGUUUGAACAAGAGACUCCGAUGCUGUUACAGCUCAUCCCUUCUCACAGGCUUUUUGUGUGUGUGUAUAUGUGUAUGUACACAUGUAUAUCUUUGUGUUCUCCAUC